UCUAUAGGUUUCAUACGGAAAAGCGCCAUCUGGAUAUUACGAAAACAACAUCAUGUCAAAACAAGCCUUAUGGUGAUUUAUCGCAAUAUAAUUUGACGUUUUUAAAUUAUAAAAGUUAUUUCUGUUAUUUAAGAUCACAAAGAAACAAAAUAUUGCGUUCAAAUUCGACAUAUUUUCCAUUAAAUAUGAUUUCGAUCUUGUAAACGGCAUAUUUCCCUUCCAGAUUAUUUCAGUAUGAUAAAAGAUAAAUUUUUGUUACUGUUGUUUUACUUGCUUUUGAUCCUUAUUCAACAUAUAACUGGAAAUGUUCAUAGACGAGCAGAACCACCCAUGCAAAAAGAUCAUUUUGCCAUAAAUAUAAAUAUGCCAAAUGUUAAACCAACUAAACAUGAUUCAUAUAUAUGUACAACCAAACGUAUUGAUGCUGAUGAUGCCUAUAUUAUACAAUUUGAACCAUCUGCUGAUGCACUUAGGGCUCAUCACAUGAUACUCUUUGGAUGCAAUUCUUUAUAUUCACCUAAUUAUAUAUAUCCUGAGCAUUGGAAUUGUAUACAUAGUGCACUUUGCAAGAAAAUGACUAUCAUGUAUGCUUGGGCUAAAAAUGCUCCACCAAUUACUUUACCUCCAGAUGUAGGAUUUCAUGUUGGUGGAAACAGUUCUAUUCAUUAUAUUAUACUUCAGCUCCAUUAUGCAAACCCAUUACCAGAGGGAGCAAGUGAUAAUAGUGGCAUAACUCUUCACAUGACAAGAAAAAGACAAAAAUAUAUUGCUGGAAUACAUCUUUUAUUAUCUGGAAGUGCCAUGAUUCCACCUAAAAGCCCAAAAUACCAUGUGGAUGUAAAUUGUUAUUUUAGAGGUAGACAACCUAUUCAUACUUUUGCAUAUCGUGUUCAUGCUCAUAAAUAUGGUGUCGUUAUCUCUGGAUAUAAAUAUAACAUAAAAGAUAAUGCUUGGACUUUCUUGGCAAAAGGAAAUCCACAGUGGCCUCAAACAUUUUAUCCUAUGGAUCAAGUUUAUACAGUAUCAGAGGGUGAUGUAUUAGCUGCAAGAUGCACCUACAAUUCAACUCAAAGUAAUGAACCAAUAUAUAUGGGGUCAACAGCAAACGAUGAAAUGUGUAACUUAUACAUAAUGUAUUAUACAAAUGCAAAUGAUGGUAGUUCGUUUGCUCGUUGCUUAGAUAUAGAGAUUCCUAAAUUAGUUAAUGAGCUUCCUGCUGAUAGUGAUGUUCCACUUUCUCCUAAUCCUGCAUUAGAAGAAAAUGCUCAUACCAAUCAAUGGAAUCAAAAGACUUCAGUUUCUAAAAAAGGAAACAAUGCCUUCACAGAUGCUUACUAUAGACCUUAUCCAAUACAAGAAAUAGAAAAUUUUCAUUCCAAUAAAUAUUAUCAAGAUGAUGAUGAUUACAAUAGUGAAUUCACUUAUAAAGAAGUUGCAAGUUGGCCAGCAGAAGAUAGAAAAUUUGGUCAAGUAACAGCAGUUGAUAUUGAUUCAAAUAAUAAUAUAGUGAUAUUUCAUCGUGGAGAUCAUGUCUGGAAUGGAUUAUCAUUUGAUGUUGAAGAUAGAUAUUUGUUAACUGAGAAGGGUCCUAUUGCAAGUCCAACAAUUGUUACUCUUGAUUCUGUAACAGGACAUGUUCUCCAUCAGUGGGGAAGCAACAUAUUUUAUAUGCCUCAUGGUUUAACUCUUGAUGGGGAUUAUGUUUGGUUGACUGAUGUUGCUAUGCAUCAGAUUUUUAAGUAUCCUUUAUCAGGAGAUAUUAAACCAGCAUUAACCUUUGGAGAGAGAUUUGUACCAGGAAAUGAUGAUAAACAUUUUUGCAAACCCACUAGUGUUGCCAUUAGUUCAAAUGGUGAUAUUUAUGUUGCUGAUGGUUAUUGCAAUAGCCGUAUUGUUCGUUUAUCAUCAUCAGGAAAAUUUUUAAAUCAGUGGGGUCAGAGUAUUCAAAUAGGGAAUUUUCCACCUGGACCAGGAGAUUUUGCAAUUCCUCAUAAGAUAACUUUAGUUGAAGAUAAAGGUUUAGUAUGUGUUGCUGAUAGAGAAAAUGGACGAAUACAGUGUUUCACGCUUAUGUCAGGAAACUUUCAUUUUGAAAUUGUUCAUAAAGAAUUUGGAGGAAGAUUAUUUUCAAUAGACUAUAGUCCUAGCAAAGGAGGAUUAUUUUUUGCUGUAUGUGGUCCUUCCAUCUAUUAUAAGCAUCCUGUUCAAGCAUUUGUCUUUAACUUCACUAGUCGGCAGCUACUUAAUUCUUUUAAACCAAAACAAGGAACAUUUACUCAACCUCAUGACAUCGCAGUCACUCAUGAUGGUACCGAAGUUUUUGUCUCUGAGAUUAUGCCAAAUAAAGUUUGGAAAUUUCUUAAAGUUACUCACAAAUCAACAAAAAAAGUUUUAACUGAUAUGCCUCCAUUACAAACUUUAUCACCAUCAUUAUCGUCGCAAAAAAUAACACCUGAAAAAUCUACUCUCUUACUACAUACAACAAAUAAAUAUUCAACAACAAAGAAGAAAGAAUCUGAUAUUGAUAAUUUCAAGACAUCAAUGAUAAUUAUGGCACUUUUGGCUAUUCCAGUAUUACUCUUGAUAAUUAUAACAUCAGUUAUCCGUCUUAAAAAGAGAGGAAAGCUCCAAAACUGUUCUUUAAGUCAUCUGAAAGGAUGGUUGGGAGGAUAUCGGACACCUCAUCCCCAAGAUAAAUUUAAUAUAGGAACAUUGCUAAAUCCUCAUAAAGGAUUUGAUCGAGUUGCAAUGGAAGAAAGUGACAUUGAGGAGGGAAGUGGCUCAGAAGUUGAAGAGUUCAACGUAGUUGCAAGGAAAGCUUAAAUUUAUAAAGUUAUAUUAAAAAUUUUGAAGCUAUAUAAGAGCAAAUUGACAAAGAAAACUCUACUUUAGU